GGGUGAUGUACCCUCCCCGUUUCAAGAGAUGGCCAAAGCUAUUGACUCCUUAGUCACCCCGCAGACGCAUCCGGACCCAACUAUACACUGUACGCUGGAUGUGUCUGAGGCCUUAGAGGAACUUCAAGGUGAGUGGUCUGCAAGGGACCCUCGUGAGUCUUGGGUGGCAUUGAGUAGAGGUCCUAGAGGGGAGCACUUCGUUGUGGAAGUUGAUGUGGGUGGUAGCAAGUGCGGCGCCUUCGUAGACAUUGGCUCCACACGAAACUUCAUAAGUCGCGACUGCGUUGACAGAUUGUGCCUAAAGGACCGGGUGCAGCGCCUUAGUAGACCGGUAGCAUCUACUUUGGCCAACAAAGAGCGCAUGAUGGUGGAGGACUACGUUAAAGAUGUAGUUUGCACCUUCUCCUACCCAGGAGGAGAUAUAAACCACAAGAUAUCAUUCCUGGUGAGCGACGAGUUGCCCUUUGACAUGUUAUUGGGCAUGUACUACCUCGAGGUUGCCAAACCCCAGUUUGACUGGGACAAGAAGGUGUUGAAGCAUGAGUUCCCUAGUGGGAGAACCGUGAGACUGGCCAAGUACAAAGCCAGUAGGUUAGUAGACUCCUAUGAGUGCUUAUGUGCAUCUGCCUUUUAUAAUUAUUAUAAACAGGACCAACAGGAAGGAAUGUACUUAGUCUAUGUCUCUGCAAAAGGGGAGGCCGUUAAAACACCCCCAAAGAUAGAGACCAUCGUCGCUAACACAAUCGCAUCUCCCUUGACUGAUCUAACUCGACUCGACACACCAUGGGACUGGACCGACGAGUGUGAGGCAGCUUUCAAGCGUUUGAAGCAUGCUCUCACGCAUCAUGAAGUUCUUAUGGUACCCGACCCGCAAAGGCCAUUCGUUGUGACCACUGACGCAAGCCAAUAUGGGAUUGGCGCAGUGCUGGCUCAGCAGGAAGGGAAGAAGUUGAGACCGAUCGAGUACAUGAGCAAAAAGAUGCCUUCAAAGAAGUUGGCAAAGUCCACCUACAAGAGGGAACUCUACGCUCUUUACAAGGCACUUGUUCACUGGAGGCACUACCUGUUAGGAAGCGCUGGCAAUGCGGAAGUGCUGCUGCGCUCUCGCUUGAUGCUGCGCUGCUGCCAAGGGCGCUGACGGGGCGCGAGAGGUGAGGUGGGGCGCUGCAGGGCAGCGGGGCACAGGCGGCCAUAGCCGGGCUGCUUGGCGCCAGGGGGUACAGCUGAUGAUUGGGUGGUCUUCAGGGAGUGAGGCGCUGUGUGGGGUAAUCAAGGUCUGAUUGAGGGUGACGAGAUACGUACCUGGUACAUGAAGAGAGGUCGCCGGUGUGGACAGUCAUGUACAUUGGUCUUCGUGAGCCGAAGUGAUCCUGUUGUGUGAACCAGCUGUAGCGUAGGAUAGUAUGGUAGAGUAGGCUGGGCGCUGUGCGCCAGUAGCGAGAGCGACUCUGGAUACUGUGUUGGUGUGGCCUACGGGCUUGGACGUUGGCUUAAUACUUCAUUGUAUUGCUCUCUAUGGAUGGUUUUCUCGGUGCAUUUGUACUCCCUACUUGGGAUACUACUACUUGCUCAGCUGUGUGAUUUCGCAACUUGGUUUUAUGUAUAUCGCUCACACUCAUAUUCCUUGCAGUGACAGCCAAAGCCGGGCAGCACGCCCAGAAGCCGCGUGGGGGAUACCAGUGGUCCUUGGGCAUGAGGAAGUGGUUGGAUAGGACGGGGGCUGAGCGGUGCGACGAGGCACUUAUCUGGUGAAGAAGCAGCGGGUCGGUCACUCGGAGUCUUCACUCGUCAUUGGGCUGAAGGACUCCAUUGCAGAUCUGUUGUAGCUAGGAGCCUAGGUUCAUAGGAGCUGUCUGUCAGUAGUUUGGGCGCUGAGCGCCGACAUAGAAAGGCUCCAUUGUUGACAUCG